AUGGAGACUUAUAAUUGGAAUAGUUUUGUCGUUUAUAUGAUUUUAAUUUCUAUAAAAUUAUCUGACUCAAAUGAAAUAAAGAUAAGUGGACCUGGUUUACAACCUCAAAAUAUUGUGAUGCCGGCUAGAUACUUUCUGGUAAAUUUUACGUAUUUAAACGAAGACUCAUACACACCCUACUUAGGUAAGAAUUUAGCAGUUGAAAUAAAUGGAAGAUCUACUAAAAGUAACUAUUGCCGUGUUUGGGUCAACACACUUGAUCGUAAAGAUGGUACAUUUAUUGUACGUUAUAAAGUUUAUGAAACAUGUAUUAACCUGUCUAUCAGCAUAUAUUAUAAAAACAAACAUAUUGAAAAUUCCCCUUUCAUGUUUGAAGGACCUAUUCAACCUGAUCAAUGUGACUGUCCUGAUGAGGACUUUAAUUUAUGGUUAAAAAAAUAUGGCUGUUCCUCUUCUUAUGAAAAUAUUAUAAAUGACUUAAAACCAUUCAAUAAAUUAGACAUGAGCACUCAAAUCCAGAAAAUUGUCCAAAAAUAUCAUAAGCCAGAGAGUACUAGUUUUUGCCACUAUGUGAUUAAAAAAAAUAAAAUAUACCGCGAUUGUUAUGGAAAACACAUUGGUUUUAACAUGUUUGCAGAUAAUAUUCUGUUGUCAUUAGCAAGAAAAGUAUUUUUACCAGAUAUGGAACUGGUUAUUAAUUUAGGUGAUUGGCCUUUAGUACAUAAAGAUAGUGAGCCACUUCCUGUGUUUUCUUGGUGUGGUAGCAAUGACACAGUUGAUAUUGUAAUGCCUACAUAUGACCUAACAGAAUCAGCCUUAGAAAAUAUGGGAAGAAUUACUCUUGAUACAUUAUCAGUGCAGGGUAAUGUAGAACGAAAGUGGAACAAUCGCAAACCGAUGGCAUUCUGGCGUGGGCGGGACUCUCGUGCCGAAAGACUUAAACUUAUAGAUAUUGCACGAGCUUAUCCAGAACUUUUUAAUGUUUCACUUACAAAUUUCUUUUUUUAUCGCGACAAAGAAGCUCAGUAUGGUCCAAAGCAACCACAUAUAUCCUUCUUCAAGUUUUUUGAUGAAUGGAGUAAAAGAUUAGAAAACAAAGUAACAAUACGUGACAGCAUGACCCAUGUACCACAACCAAAAUUCGAAUGUAAUUGUCCAUUGAAAAAUAAAAACAUUCAUGAGGAGUUGUGA